AUGCGUUCCUCGAUCACUACUUUUGGGCUAUAUGCCUUGCAGGCGCUCCUUUUCCUAGGGACUCAAGUCUGCGCAAAGUACAAUACAACAUACACCGGCUAUCCUCCUGAGUAUUGCGUCGGCAACAGCACUUCCAAUCCAGUUCCCAGCAAGUUCGGAAUCAUCCUUUUUCCCGGAUGGGAACCCCUCGACGUCUUCGGCCCUUACGAUGCCCUCUACACCCUUGCCCGUAGCCAGAGAAUCGACAUUUCGUGGAUCGCCGAAUACAUGGAAGAUGCAAUCACCACAGGACCCCGCAACGCGGCAAUGAACCCCUACAAUUCCACCGCUUUCAUCGGUAUCAAACCCACCCAUAACUUCACCACCGCACCUUCAGAUCUCGAAGUCUUAUUAGUGCCUGGAGGUCUUGGUACUCGUGCGCCUGACCUCGACAAUACGUUGAAUUUCAUCAAGCAAAUAUAUCCCAAACUGCAAUACUACUCACGGUUUGCACGGGCUCGUUGA